AUGGCUACAGCUAGAACCGAAAAUGUCGGCCCGCUCGCCAUGGGACUGAACAAGCAGAACGGACAGAUUCGAGGACAGACCAAAGCGGCUUCUGUCCAGCCCGCAUCCGCCACUCAAGGGAAAGUGUCAGGCGCCGCUUCUCAAGAAGCUGGAGGCAUCAAGUUUGGAGAUGACUGGAAGAAAAGCUUGAAGCUUCCUCCUAAAGAUACUAGGAUCAAAACCUCUGAUGUGACUGCUACUAAGGGCAAUGAAUUUGAAGAUUACUGUCUUAAAAGAGAACUUCUGAUGGGCAUUUUUGAAAUGGGAUGGGAGAAACCAUCUCCUGUCCAGGAAGAGAGUAUCCCCAUCGCCCUGUCUGGAAGGGAUAUUUUGGCUCGGGCUAAGAAUGGAACAGGAAAAAGUGGAGCCUAUCUCAUCCCAUUGUUGGAAAGGAUAGACCUUAAAAAAGAUUAUAUACAAGCAAUGGUAGUCGUGCCGACCCGAGAGCUGGCGCUGCAGGUGAGCCAGAUCUGCAUUCAGAUCAGCAAACACUUGGGAGGAGUCAAAGUCAUGGCCACCACCGGGGGAACCAACCUCCGAGACGACAUUAUGCGCCUGGACGAAACUGUUCACGUCGUCAUCGCCACACCCGGUAGAAUUCUCGACUUGAUAAAAAAAGGCGUGGCAAAGGUGGAUCGAGUCCAGAUGAUGGUGAUGGAUGAGGCCGACAAACUGCUGUCUCAGGAUUUUGUGGUGCUCAUCGAGGAUAUUAUUAGUUUCCUGGCCAAGAACAGGCAGAUCCUGCUUUACUCAGCAACCUUCCCCAUCAGCGUGCAAAAAUUCAUGGCCAAGCACUUGCAGAAACCUUACGAGAUCAACCUGAUGGAGGAGCUGACACUGAAGGGCAUUACUCAGUAUUACGCCUAUGUGACGGAGAGACAAAAAGUGCACUGUCUUAACACACUCUUCUCCAGGCUUCAGAUCAACCAGUCCAUCAUCUUCUGUAACUCCACUCAGAGGGUCGAGCUUUUAGCCAAGAAGAUUACACAGCUAGGCUACUCGUGCUUUUACAUCCACGCUAAGAUGAUGCAGGAAUAUAGAAACCGUGUGUUUCAUGACUUCAGAAAUGGACUGUGCAGGAAUCUGGUCUGCACUGACCUCUUCACUCGGGGUAUCGACAUCCAAGCCGUCAAUGUGGUCAUCAACUUCGACUUUCCGAAAAACGCCGAAACGUACCUCCAUCGUAUCGGAAGAUCAGGGAGAUUCGGCCAUUUCGGCCUCGCCAUCAACCUGAUCACAUCCGAAGACCGCUUUAACCUGAAGACUAUAGAAGACCAACUGGUGACCGACAUCAAACCCAUCCCCGGCAGCAUUGACAAGAGUCUCUACGUGGCCGAGUUUCACUCCUCCAGCGGCGACUGCGAGGUGGAGGAAGUCCAAGAAAAAUCGGGACACCAGCAGGACAGCACCUGA